CACUUGAUCUUAGUCAUGAACAUCACUCUGUACAAUAUAAAUUGCAGUCCGCCCUGCAACUUUGUACGCACACUCGCCAAGCAUUUGGACAUUGAUGUGAAGCUCAAGAACUUGGACCACUCUCACAAGGAGCAGUUCAGCGACGAAUACCUCAAGGUAUGCCGCAACGAGAUAAAUAUGUGUAGGCAGAUAGUAGCCAUUUGUGCCAACGCCAUUGCCUACUACUUGCUCCCCAAGUACGCCCCCGAUUCGGAGCUCUAUCCGACUUGCAUCAAGACUCGCACCCACAUCGACCAGAUUCUUUCAUCACUUGUCGCUACAAUCCACAGUCAAACGGCAGUGUUCGUCCGUCCUCGAGUCCAUCAGGAGACCAAGCCUACUGCAAAGGAGAUUACGACAUUUGAACACCGUGUCAUCAGAGGGCUGGAACGCCUCAUCGGUGACGGCAAGUUCGCAGUCGGCGACAACUUCACCCUCGCCGAUAUCGCCUUGACCACACGCAUCACUGUGCCCCUUGAGAACAAGUUCGUUGACCCUUCCAAGUUUCCCAAGCUGGCAAGCUACUACGACCGAGUCAAACGCAAGCAGCCUUACUUUGAGGAAAUUUACGAGCCAGUCAUCUACAGCAUCGAACAGCUGUUCGAUAGCCUAAUAUAGCUUUAGAAGCGGUAAUAAAAUGUCUAGACGAAUGUUAAAGGUGCUUUUAUUGUUAAUAACAGAUAUAUGUUUUCAAAGUUAUCCGCAGAGGUCCCUACAUCUGUUACAGGUAUAAAUGGUUUAUCUGUGUGUGUCUGUCUUUCUCUGUGCUUUUUUUUUUCAUUUCUAUCCUGGUAGAUUUAGUAGGGGUGCGCCAAUAUACGGAACUUUCGAAUAACGAACCGAAUAACGUCUUCUCGGAUUGGCUCUUCGAAUGGAAUAAUCACUAUUCGUAGAGAGAGAAGAAACUUUAUUAAUGAAUGGUCCGGCAGUUUUGUUGUGGUGGCCUCAGGUGGCGGCUCGAAGUCCUUGGAUAGGGCGGCAUCUUUGGCUUGCCGGAUGGCCCAGAGCUGGUCUGCGAACUCUGCACUUUUGAGAGCCGCUUCUCAGCGGUGGAGACGCCGAUGGAGAAGGUCCCCGGCGACCCCGCAGCCGGGAAGAAACGAGC